AUGAUACUUCAGGAAAUGUGUACGGAAUAUAAUGUACGGAUUGCAGAAGCUGUUACAUUGCAAGCCAUAAAAGUCCUUAUCCUACUAGGAGCAGUUUGUAUAGUAUUAGGAAGUGGAUAUGGAGGAUACGGCGGAGGUAAAGGAGGAUAUGGCGGUUAUGGCGGAGGAUACGGUGGUGGAAAGGGAGGUGGAGGAUAUGGCAGCUAUGGCGGAGGAUACGGUGGUGGAAAGGGAGGUGGAGGAUAUGGCAGCUAUGGUGGAGGAUACGGUGGUGGAAAGGGAGGUGGAGGAUAUGGCAGCUAUGGUGGAGGAUACGGUGGUGGAAAGAGAGGUGGAGGAUAUGGCGGCUAUGGUGGAGGAUACGGCGGUGGAAAGAGAGGUGGAGGAUACGGUGGUGGGAAAGGAGGUGGAGGCUACGGCUACGGUGGGCUUUAUGGUAUCUUUUGCCACUAUCCUUCGCAUGCUACUAUUAAGACCCACGGUGGUUAUGGAGGAGGUUACGGGGGAGGUCAUGGAGGGGGCUAUGGAGGAGGUCGUGGAGGUGGCUAUGGAGGAGGUUACGGGGGAGGUCGAGUGGAGGGGGCUAGUGGAGGAGGUCGUGGAGGAGGUUAUGGAGGUGGCUAUGGAGGAGGUCGUGGAGGUAGCUAUGGAGGAGGUUAUGGAAUUACAAUUCCUAUUUUUACAGUACUUGGGUAUAGCCAACAUGGCGGUGGUUAUGGAGGGGGUGGUUACCACUAA